AAGGAAAACGUUUUCGGCGCAAAUUAUUUUCAUAAAUUGAAUAAAAACUAUAAAAAAGCGCAAAAAUGUCGUUCAAGGGCAACACGAAAGUGCAAAAGGUGAUGGUACAACCCAUCAACCUGAUCUUUCGCUACCUGCAAAACCGUUCGCGCGUGCAAGUCUGGCUAUAUGAGAACAUUUCUCUCCGCAUUGAGGGCCAUAUCGUAGGCUUCGACGAAUACAUGAACCUGGUGCUGGAUGACGCCGAGGAAGUGUACGUUAAGACCCGACAGCGCAAGAGUCUGGGCCGCAUUAUGCUCAAGGGUGAUAACAUCACGCUCAUACAGAAUGUCAGCCCUUCCAAGGACUAAAAGAAAGAAUUUCAAGCCACACUCGAAACACGCGCUGUCCUCUACGAUAGUACACAUCGUAAAUAUAAGUGAAUUUAUAUGUAACUUGAAUACUUUCCAAUAAUAAAAGAACCUAAUGUAAAUGAAA